AUGACUGAUGGUCAAUUAUGCUCAACCGUCAUCAUCACCCAAAAAAUGGAAACCGUACUAGAUGAAGAAGAAAUUUCAUGCUCAACCGUCGUCAUCACCCAAAAAAUGGAAACCCUACUAGGUGAAGAAGAGGAACAAUCGCAGACGACUGAUGCUCAAUCGGAUCUGAUACCAAACUUUUCAUGCUCAAAUGUCAUCAUCGAAGAGAUCUUCUCCAGACUCCCAGUCCAAUCCAUCCUUCGAUCCAGAUCCGUGUGUAAGCCAUGGCAUUCCUUCAUCUCCGAUCCAUCAUUCACCAACUUCUACUUCUCUCGUGCCACUCUUCGCUUAUUCCUCUCUGCUUACAAUAAUUCCACUCGCAAACGAUACUUUCUCUCCGCUGCUCAUGACGGUGGAUCCGUCACUCGUCUCAUCACACUGGACAACACUCUUUCGAUCAACGAUGCAGCAGAAGCCGAGCAUUUGAACGGGUUAGUAUGCUUUACUUCCGCGAAUGGCCGCUUAACUCCCAACGACGCCUUUGUUCUUAACCCUAGCACGCGUAACAUUUUUAAACUCCCUGUUACUUAUGGUAGUAGUAGUAGUGAGGUGUAUACCUGUUACUUAUUUGGGUUCGAUGAGUCUAGAAAUGAACAUAAGGUUUUGAACAUCAGGAUAAGUGGCGAUAAGCGUUUUGAACCGUCUGCGGUUGAGAUUUUGAUUUUCUCUAUGUCAAGUUAUUCAUGGAGAAAAGUAAACGUGGAGCAGACGUUUUAG